GACGAAGCCGUCAGGCGAGAGAACGAGCUUGUGCGCGCGCGCGCACGCGGCCCCUUCCGCCCCCCCGCUCCCCGCUCGGGUACGGCGGCCGGCAGCGGACCCGCGAGCCAUGGACGCGGACGCGGAGGCGGGCGCCGCCGAGCUGGAGUGCGGCAUCUGCUACCUGCCCUACGACCGCCGGGCGCGCGCCCCGCGCCGCCUCGGCCCCGCGCACGGCGCCUGGCGCCGCCCCGCCCCCUGCCACCACGCGCUCUGCACCGCUUGCCUCUGCCGCCUGGCGCGCGACCAGGACUGGGAGGCGGUCACGUGCCCCUUCUGCCGCACCCCCACCUCGCUGCGCGUGCGCGGUAGGGGCUGGGAGGCGGGGACGAGGCGGCGGAGCAGGAGCCGGAGCAGCAGCAGCAGCAGCCGGCGCCGCCUGGCCCUGCCCCCCGUCGACCCCGAGCUCUGGAAACGGAUUGGGCGGCGGGAAGAGGAGGAGGAGGCGGUGCCUGGCGAUGACGUACCGGAGGAGGCGGGCCAAUCGCGGCUGUGGCGGGCGCUGAAGAAGUUCCUGGGAGGGGGCGGUAGCCGCAGCAGCGCGCGGGAGCGGCCGCCAAUCAACCCCUAUUGUCCAGAGAUGAAGGACCUCGCCCUCAUGAACUGCUACAUCAUGUGAGGCUCCAAGGGCUAGCCACAAGAGCUGGGGCUGGCUGCUCGUCAAGACUUAGAAGACUCUUGGGAGAAACCAGCUCUUUCUUCUCCUCCCCCCCCGGCCCCCAAACAGUGCUGGCUGCACUUCCCCUCCAGGCAGGUAGUUACUGACAAACUGUCCGGUCUCAUUAGACUCCAUCAGCUCUAUGGGGCUGAACCAUAGCACUGGAGCUAGAGUUCCUGGUUCUCAUUAACCUGCAGAGAGAGAUUCCCGAGGCACCAGGAACUGGCGUGAUUGCUUGUGGUAUUGACCCGUCACUGUUCAUCUCUGUUGCAAGCAGGGAGACUUGAUGGGGGCUGUCGGGUCGAAUCAGCCGCAGAUAGGCAGAGGUAUGCCUUCCUGGAGAUCUCUGACUGCCUGUCACCCUGAGGCCUGGCGGCUGAUCAGUUUGGAGGCUGGCAUCCCAACAACUUGUCUGGUCCUGACAUCUACAGCCCCUGAAAUGCCUACAUGUCCAGCUCUUCCACUCUCCACCCCUCUCUGCCAUAUAAAAUGCCAGCGAUGCCGCUGACCUAUUUACCAGCAGAUACUGUAAAUAUCUGGUGGAAAGUCCCAUCUGGGCAAACUCUGAGCCUCAAGUAUUAACUGAUUCAGACCGCAAGGUUAAGUCUGUGUGCUAACAAACUAGUUAAAAAUGCCCCUCAAACCCACGACCUCUUUCUUUGCGAAUCCCAAUGAGAAGCCUGUUGCUCUAGUGGUUUUGCUAAAUUACCUGCCAAUCCUCAUCCUUUACCAUCGCACAAGUUAGCAGCCCGAUCUGCAGGCAGAAUCCCUGUCUGACCCCAGUUUGAGUGCUGCAUGUGACUCUGUUGCAUGAGGCAAAGGUUUCAGACGUCCCCAUGCAUCUGUCGCCGAAGAGGCUGGCUUCUUGGUGCGCUCUGCUAUUGUAGCAUUUCUGUGAAAUGAAUUUAAAUUAUUGAAGAGUUUGAAAUAGGGAAUGUCUGUAGCUGUUGUCUUUAAUAUUUAACUAUUGUAACUUUUAUAUUUGAUUUUAAUAAAACCUGAGAUGUCAACGCUUA